GUCAGUCAAAUGCCAGCUGGGUGUGAUCGAAAUAGCACUUAAACAUACUGUAUUCAGCUGCCACAACCCCCAUAAAUCACAGAUUAUUAUAGAAGCAGCACAACGUAAUUAUGUUGCUAACUUCGCCAUAUUAAUGUACAAUAACAAGCAUAUUGUAAGAUGAGAUUUAUUUCAUAUAUUGACGAGCUACUCCACUUGCUCUACAAACUCUUAACCCACGGGUAAAACGGAGAUGUACAUCACAGAAAAACAACAAUCUUCACCUGCGAGAAGCAUCAAACACUUCAUGCCGAGGAAAGCUGGCAGACUAGAAGUUUCGUUGGCCCACGGCGUGUAAACCACAUUGAUGUUGUUCAUCUUGCAGCCUGAUGGCAAACUUUGAACAUGAUACCAACCUCGACCAGGAAGCGAAAACUGUCCUCUCUGGACUCUGAAAGUCACCCGGCCAAGAAAGGCGUGAGGGAGCAAGUGUCACCGGUUAGGAGAAGAUCCCCAAGAAAGCGCCUGCUGUCACCAACUGAUGCAAAACGAGGAGGACAAGAGUCACCACGUAGGCCAGCAGACAGGCUUGUUUUUCUAGGCUCUCCGUGUAGAUCGCCCCGUAAAUCCCCAGCGAAAUCUUUGGUGGUUACGAGCUCCUUCUAUGGCAAGCAGAGGACCAUCUAUCUCACCCCACUUGAGAGAAAGGCAAUAAAGGAAUCUCUGCCUUCCCUUCCCCCUGCUAUUCCCUCUCUUCCUCCAUCAGCCAAAAAAACAGAGAAGAAAAUGAAGAAAGUUGUAAAAAGAGUCAGCAAAUCCAGAAAUGCAUCAGUGGGAUCUAGUAAGGGAGGGAAGAAGGGAACCAAAAGUUCUCCAGCACCUACAAAGGCACUUGAGCUGUCCAAAUGCAAUACCAGCAAUGCACCAGCAAGACCAACAUCCACCAGCAGCAGCAGCAGUGUACCUGCAAGCAACAAACUGGUAGAGGCAAAGAAGGCAAUCACCAUCUCUUUUGGCAGCCUGAAGCCCAAGCCGAAGAUCUUUGUCGGAGCUGCUUUCUUUGGUACAGGAAAGAAGCCCACAUCCAUGUAUAAGAGAUCCGCUGCAAAGUCCUCAGCAAGGCCAGCCCCAGUCAAGACCAAGAGCCAAACUGCCCCAAGACAGCAGAACAGUGAGAGACCAAAGCAGCUGCAACAGCAGCGAAUAGAUGUGAAGGAGAACCUAGACAGAACUAAGCAGAAGACUAAGUUUGAUCCAACAGACUGGAUGGAUGCCGUUGACGAGGAGCAGGAGAUUCCCCAUCCAUCAAGCUCCUCCAAAUUGCUUACUGAAAAGUAUGGAAUUAGAAAACACCUGAAGAUUGUGCUCUCCAGGACACCAAGUCCAAAAUCUACAACUUUGUCCUUCAAUCAGGAUAAGUUGCUGGCAGAAGGUGGCUCUGAGCCGACCUUUGACCUGACUGAAAAAGAUGCCACCAAAGCUUCCCCCAUUCCUUCCAAGGCUUCUGGAGGAGUGUAUCCUAUAUUUGACUCUUCAUCAAAAAGGUUGAGUGCAGCUCUGCGUCCUCCACUUUCCUGCAGCACCCCGUCUGUCUCCUCAGGAGCUUCACUCCAGCCGGUUUCAUCUGCAGCGAAAGAGCGACAAACUCGCAGGAAGAAAGAAAAGCUGGACAGUGACCAGCUCAUCAUUGAUGCUGGACAGAAGCAGUUUGGAGCAACAAACUGCAGCUCAUGUGGGAUGGUUUACAGUGCAGACAUCCCAGAAGACAAUUUCCAGCACACCCAGUUUCACCAGCGAUUCCUGGACUCCAUCAAAUAUGUGGGUUGGAAAAAGGAACGGGUGGUGGCUGAGUUCUGGGAUGGUAAAAUUAUCCUGGUCUUACCUGAUGAUCCUAAAUAUGCAGUCAAAAAGGCAGAAGAUGUGCGUCGUAUAGCAGACAAUGAGUUGGGUUUCCAGCAGGUGACUCUAGGCAGACCAACGCAAGCUAAAACCUUCCUGUUCAUCAACACAGACCGACUGGUGGUUGGAUGUCUCGUCGCUGAACCCAUAAGACAGGCCUACAGGGUCCUUGAGCAGCCAGAUGAAAACAAGGACAUGACAAAGGACGACUUCAUGGAGCGCCACAGAGCCUGGUGCUGCUCCACCGUCCCAGAACAAGCUCUGUGUGGUAUCAGUCGAAUCUGGGUCUUCAGCCUGGCGAGGCGGCAGGGCAUUGCGACCCGUAUGCUGGACACAGUGCGGAGCACAUUCAUGUACGGAAGUUACCUGACCAAGCAGGAAAUCGCCUUCUCUGAUCCGACACCUGAUGGGAAGCUGUUUGCCACCAAGUACUGCAACACUCCGACGUUCCUUAUUUACAACUUCAUUGCAUGACCUGCAAGCAGCAGUCGAUUAAAGAUGCAUUGAUGGGACUGGAGUGAUGGAGUUUGUCACGUUAAAAAGAUUUCUGCUGAUGUUUAAAAUUGUUUUUAUAUGCAAAGCUGUUUACUUUUUCUGUGUUUGAUUUAGCUUUGUGUGUAAAGUAGUGGAAAUCACGUAGGGUAUAGUAUUUUUAAAAGUUCAGAUUAUCCAUUCAGUAUUUAUAAUUCAACCCUUCUAACUGAAUGUUGUUUAAAAUGUCCCUCGCCUGCAGUAGCUAAAAACAUUUCGCUGGUUUUGAUUUAACUUUUAGGCCUUUUUUAAUGAGUUCAGGUUUACUGACAACCAAGCCUUGUAAAAGACACGUUCAGAAUAAUGUUUUAUUCAACUUGGUACCAGGUGAAAGUAUUCUGUGCACUUUGAAGACAAAAUGUUCCCAAAAUAUGAAUGCCGUCAGUUUCUACUUUGUACAUUUAAUAAACCUUUUUACCUUUUAAAAGGCAA